UCACCCUUACAUAUCCCUAAUAAAUUUACAAAAAAGAGGUCAGCCAUGCAGAACAAAAUAUGACCUGAGAAGGACUUUUUGGAGAAAUUAGAAGACCACAGGGGGGAAAUUGAAGAGAGUAAAGGAAGAAGAUUCGUUGGAGGAAGUGGAGAGGGAGAUGAAGAGUUGGGAGGGCAGCAAUGGGAUUUUGGGGGGAAAGGAUUGGAUUUUGUAGGGGAGAGAGGGAAAGUUACCUUGGAGAGGGAGUUUUAGGCAGAAGAUGGAUAGAAGUGCCUCUGAGGAGAAAGAAAUGGAGCUUAUUGAUGGGGAUAGGAGGGAUGGUUGUUAUAAGUCUGAUUCUAAUAUUAGCAAAAUUAUGCUUUUUGGAGAUACUGAUAAUGCUGUUUCGUUAUCAUCUAUUGAAGAAGAUCUUUUCUCUGAUCAAAACAAAUCUCAGGAAGAGUCUAAGAACGGUAAAGUGGACAAGAGCUUUAUAAAUAUUUUACUUAAAAAGAUCCGAAUUGAAGGAAACAUCAAAGAAGUGAUGCGUUCGAUUGUGAGCAAGGAAUAUGUUGAGACUCAAGAGUACAGAUUGGAGUUCAAUAUUUGGAGAUGCAUUAAAAUCUUCAUUUAUCACAUGUGAUGGUUUUUCUUUGGAUACCUUUUUGGAUUCGUCAUGCUCUUGAUAGAAGGAAAAAAUCUGACAGAGAACAUGGGAUUCCUAUUAGGACAUCAGGUCAAGCUUGGAGCUCAUCAAGCAAUAGCUUAUUUAUCAUUCAUUUCAUACAUGGUCUUAUCCAUAUUCUCUCCCAACUACUGGUGGUUUGGAGAUACAUCAAGAAAGUUCCUCAUAGUUAUGAUAAUGUGUCGAUCAUUCGUAAUCGGUGUCAGAUAUGGCUUCAUGUCAACAGCCAGAUACAGACUUUUGAGAUCAAAAGCUAAUUAUUCUUGGAUUAGAAGUGAUCUCCUCUUGUUUGGCUGGCUUGAAUUAACUCCAAAAACUCUUAAAGAAGAAAUUAAUGCUAGUAAAGCACGAAUUGAGAUAGAUAAUGACCAAUUUGAGUUUACUUUUUGGCAAGAUAUUCCAAAAUCUCUUGACCAGAAAUUAUCAAAGCAAGAUUACUAUGACCGAAUUAAGCCAGAAGGGCAUUACAAGAACAUCAUUCAUCUCCAGAAAGAAAUAUUGGCUAAAAUGAAGCUCAAUAAUAAUUGAACUAUUGAUGAUGAGUUAGACUUGAUUCAUAACCCUGAAAUCACUGUUUCAAAGACGAUGGAGAAAAGAAAGCUCAAGUCUAAGAUAGAAAGCUUUAUUAACCUUAAGCUACCAAAUUCAGUUGAGGAUCUUCCUCGCUUAAAGACCAAGAAGAUUUACAAAGGAGAGCCUAUCUUGAGGGAAAUGGGAUUACUAGAAAGCAGUAUAAAUAACUCUUUUCUUCCAAUUUACUUUAUAGUGAUAGUGAGAUUGAUACUUCCUACAUUAUCCAGCCUAAUCGAGCAUGACUUCAAAUUCCCUUUCGAGUGGUAUGAAUACAUACUGAUCUUACUGGAAGGUGUUCUUAUCUUGGUGGUUUAUGGAGCCAAUCUCUCAUUCAUGUUCGCUGGAAUCAUUGAUUUUAAAAGAAAAUUGUUCUUCAUGAAAAUUCUGAACAGCCUAAUUUCUUUCGAAAAAGACAAAAAAUUCGUAUUCUCAUCUUAUUUUCCAACACUCAAUGUAUGAAGCAUUAAUAAUCUCAGUAGUUGGCUGGUCCUCCGAGAAUCUUGACUUGACCUCGGAAGGAAGUACACUCAGAGAAUCUUCAUUUACUGCUCUGUGUUCAUGUUCUUUUAUCUAACCUUGUUUGUAUUCAUGGUUUUAUGCUUGCUGAAGUUCCUAGAAUAUGAAUUAUCAUUGGGAUUUUACAUUGUAGGAGCUUUCGACAUCAUAGUUGUGUUAGGGAUAAUGCUAAAUAUCCUUAGAAUGGGAGCUAAAGUUAAUAAAUAUUUUAAUAUUCAUAAGAGGUCUCUCUUAUCCCUCAAGAAGCAGGUCUGGAAGGCAAGAAAUAACUAUGGGAUAGCCAUUUCUCAACGAUAUUCUGGGUAUAUCAAAAGGAAACGGUUUGCAGAGAUGCUGAUUUCCAUGAAUUUAAAGAAAGACAAAAGAAAUGAUUAUUUGGAUCGACUACUUGAACAGAUAAAUGUUAUCAAUGAAGAGCUCGAUUUUUUUAAGGAAACUAAUCCUUUAAAGCUAAUGGGUCUUACAGCUUCUGAUCAGCUCCUCAACUCUAUCUACACAGGACUGGUAUCGGUAGCAUUUGCAUUAGCCCAGUCAUUCUAUCAAGACCUAGGAAAUUUUGGGAGAUAGAUAUCAGUAAAUUCAAGUGUGUAAUUUUCAUUUCAACUAAUAA